CGCUCCCGGUUCGGUAAUAUUCCUUGAGCUGGGGCUGCAGUGCCCGUGUGUGUGUGUAUGCAUGUGUUUGGAGUUGGUUGGGCUUUGAGCAAUGGAAGCGGACGCGAGUCAAGUCACCUCUGGAAGCCUGAACGAUUCGCAACACGACCCGGGUAAAAUGUUUAUCGGUGGACUCAGCUGGCAAACCUCACCAGACAGCCUUAGGGACUAUUUCUGCAAAUUCGGGGAGAUCAGAGAAUGUAUGGUGAUGCGCGACCCCACCACCAAACGCUCCAGAGGGUUUGGCUUCAUCACGUUUGCAGAUGUUUCCAGUGUAGAUAAAGUCUUAGCUCAACCACACCACGAAUUAGACUCCAAGACGAUUGAUCCUAAGGUCGCCUUUCCUCGACGUGCUCAACCCAAGAUGGUCACAAGAACAAAGAAAAUAUUUGUGGGUGGAUUAUCAGCGAGCACAGUGGUCGAAGACGUGAAGCAGUACUUUGAACAGUUCGGGAAGGUAGAGGACGCAUGCUAAUGUUUGAUAAAAACUACAAACAGACAUAGAGGCUUCGGCUUCGUAACGUUUGAGAAUGAAGACAUUGUAGAGAAAGUCUGUGAAAUUCAUUUUCACGAAAUCAAUAAUAAAAUGGUAGAAUGUAAGAAGGCUCAACCAAAGGAGGUGAUGUUUCCUCCAGGCACGAGGGGGAGGGCGAGAAGUCUUCCCUACACUAUGGACGCCUUCAUGCUGGGCAUGGGCAUGUUGAGUUAUCCAAACAUUGUGGCAACGUACGGUCGUGGAUACACAGGAUUCUCUCCUAGCUACAGUUACCAGUUUCCAGGUUUUCCAGCGACGGCGUACGGACCGGUGGCGGCAGCGGCAGUGGCAGCAGCACGAGGCUCAGGUAGGGCAACCCGGGGAAGAAGCGGCUACAUGGCGUAUCCACAGAACGCAGGGCCAGGGUUUCCAGAUUAUGGCUUUUACUCUGGGCCUGGAGACCAGCGAGCCGCCCCCUGCUCCUUUGCCGAUUAUGCCACCCUGGGACCCCAUACGGGUCAGAUGCUGCAGAGCGAGCACGUCACCUCCACCUGCAACUCUCCAUCCCAGCACCACCCAAGCCCGGACCACUUUAAAAGCUCAGGUGCUAACCCUCCUCGGCCUGGAGGUUUCCCCGGUGCGAACAGUCCUGGCCCCGUGGCAGACCUGUAUGGCCCCAGCAGUCAGGACUCAGCAGUGGGAAAUUACAUCAGCGCUGCCAGUCCUCAGCCAGGCUCUGGGUUCAAUCACAGUAUCGCGGGUCCUUUGAUUGCCACAGCAUUUACAAAUGGGUACCACUGAAAGCUAACUGAAGACGCGGCACCAACUCUUUGAAGAGUUUGUCUGGAGGCCCUGGGAAAACAUCCGGAGUCUCUGAUUGGUUCAUGUACAGUUGAUGUCAUAUAAAGACUUCAAGCACUACAGGUUCUGAUUGGUCAAAGGAGAGACGAGGAGGGUGGAACCAAAUAAAGUGGACAAGAACAAACACGAUCAUCUCAGAAAACCAACAUCACAACUGCUGUAACUACUCCAACCCUCCUGUCUCUGCAGGACUUCUCCCUGUUUUUAAUUGACUUUUACACGCGCUUCUCUUCCUUUCUGUCAGCUUUUGAAAUGACUUUGGCUUUUAGAGACACAUGUAGAUAAGCGAGUUAUUCAGCUGUGAUCUUUAUUCACUCAUUUUUAAUGUUCGCAAGUCUCGUCAAUUUUUUUUGCGCUCAUGGACAGACGCCACAUUGAAAGACUCCAUGCCAUUUAUCCAUUGGGGAAAAUAAGAAAAGAAAAUAAUCUUAGUAGCUGUUUUUAAUUGUGAAGUCUCAUUGUUGAUCAUAAUGACCUAUUUUUGGGCAAUACAGAGGGAGAGGACUCCAAUAUUUUUAUGGUCCUUUUUAUAUAUAUAUAUAUACACACAUAUAUAUAUCUAUCUUAUCAAUGUGUUGUUGUCGUCAUUUAGAAAAAGAAAAAAAAAGUAUACUGUAAAAUGUUUUUUAAAUGAAAACAUGGUGGUUUCAAAUAUAAGAGAAAGAAAUGUAACUGUAAAUAUACGUCACUGCAUAUUAACCAGCUUAUUUUUCUGAGGGUUUCACAAAAAUAAUGUAAAAAAUCAGGGUGAAACACAAGUAUUUGACACAAUUAUGGUGGAUAAAAAACGGAAAAUACUCCAGUAAUAGAUUCUGAUUUCUUCAAUGACUGUAAACGCAUAAGCUGAAUCAUCUGACAGGUGUAAAACCAGCAUUUUCAUGAGCUCAAUCUUUCAGAAACGCCACUCCUGUCCAAAGCACACUGUGUGUAGUGAUCAACGAAAGGACGUUUUGCUGUGUUCUGCACAUUCUGACACUUUUAUACUCUUAAGAAAAGAAAAAAAAAAAGAA